AUGGCUUCACAACAGUCAAUGAGAGCCCUCGCCAGGGCUGGCCCAAUCGGCCCCAAUGGCGUCGCAUCACGAGCCUUUUCCACGGCUACCAAGGCCAUGAUGAUGCGAUCUGCCGCCCGGCCCUCUGUCGCCAUGAAGCUGGCCAACUCGGGUCGCAUCGCCUUCCGCAGAGCCUACGCCGACGAAGCCCCCAAGCCCAAGCCGGGCAAGCUGCGUAAGACGUUCAGAUGGGCCUGGAGACUGACCUAUCUGUCUGCCAUUGGCCUCGUUGGAUUCACUGCCUACAACAUCUACGACGAUCGCCACCCCGACGAGCAGUACGAGCCUGAUCCCAACAAGAAGACGCUGGUCAUUCUGGGCACUGGCUGGGGAUCUGUUGCUCUCCUCAAGAAGCUCGACACCGAAAACUACAACGUCGUCGUUGUCUCUCCCCGCAAUUACUUCCUCUUCACCCCCCUGCUGCCCUCAUGUACCACCGGCACCAUCGAGCACCGCUCCAUCAUGGAGCCUGUCCGCGCCAUUCUCCGUGGCAAGAAGGCAGCCGCCAAGUUCUACGAAGCCGAGGCCACCUCCAUUGACCCUGAUCGCAAGGUUGUGCGCAUUGCCGAUAACUCUGAGAUCAAGGGCGCCACCUCCGAGACGGAGAUCCCCUACGACAUGCUUGUCGUAGGCGUCGGCGCCGAGAACGCAACCUUUGGCAUCCCCGGCGUCAGGGAGCACAGCUGCUUCCUCAAGGAGAUUGGCGAUGCCCAGCAGAUCCGCAAGAAGAUCAUGGACUGCGUUGAGACUGCCGCCUUCAAGGGCCAGACUCCCGAGGAGAUUGACCGUCUCAUGCACAUGGUCGUCGUCGGCGGUGGCCCCACUGGUGUUGAGUUCGCUGGCGAGCUCCAGGACUUUUUCGAGGAGGACAUCAAGAAGCUGGUCCCCGACAUCAGCCCUCGCUUCAAGGUGACCCUGAUUGAGGCCCUGCCCAACGUUCUCCCCAUGUUCUCCAAGACUCUCAUCGACUACACCGAAAACACCCUCCGCGAGGAGAAGAUUGACAUCAAGACCAAGACCAUGGUCAAGAGAGUCACCGACAAGGCUGUCGAGGCCGAGGUGUCCCGCCCUGACGGUACCAAGGAACGUGUCGAGAUCCCCUACGGCCUGCUUGUCUGGGCCACCGGAAACGCCGUCCGCCCCAUCAUCAAGGACCUUACCACCAAGAUUGCUGCGCAGAAGGACUCCCGCCGUGGUCUUGCCGUGAACGAGUACCUCGUUGUCCAGGGAACCCGUGACAUCUGGGCCGUUGGUGACUGUGCCGUUGCUGGCUACGCCCCUACUGCCCAGGUCGCCUCGCAGGAGGGAACCUUCCUUGGAAAGCUGUUCAACAACAUGGCCAAGACUGAGAACCACGAGGCCCGUAUCCAGGAGCUGAGCAGCAAGCUGAACAUUGAGAGCGGCAACUCUGCCGAGGCUGAUCAGGAGAUUGAGCUUCUGGAGAGACAGCUCAAGAAGAUUCGCGAUGUCAAGCCCUUCAAGUACAGCCACCAGGGAAGCUUGGCCUACAUUGGCAGCGAGAAGGCCGUUGCCGACGUCAGCUGGUGGAACGGCAACCUGGCCACCGGUGGUAGCCUGACCUAUCUCUUCUGGAGAAGUGCCUAUCUCUCCAUGUGCUUCAGCACACGCAACCGUGUUCUGGUCAUCGUGGACUGGCUCAAGUCCAAGGCUUUCGGCCGUGACGUCUCCCGAGAGUAG